AUGGUGCUACCCGCAGAGGAAGAGUCUCCCACGAUUCAUCAGGAGGUCCACCUGCAUGAAUCUGGAUCAGCGGAUUUUGUGGCUGUUGGCCUCAGAGCACAUGCAGCGGGCUACGGCGAGGACAUGGGCAAUCCUGUGAAGAAACCCAAGCCAGCAACAGUGGAGCCUCCCAGCUCAACAUGCAGCGUACCUAGUGAUGCGCCACGUGCGCAUCAAUCAGCCCCGCUUACCCCAUCAAGAAUAACAGCAGAGGCAAUGCCGCAGAUUGAGUUAGAAUCAGCUUCAGAAGCAGCAAAAAGCGAGCAGUCAAGAGACAGCGUAGGAACCAUGGGGGCAGGAUACGAGGGGGAGCCCCAAAAUCGGAACAGAAUCAAUUCCGGCAGGCAUGGCGAGCGCAUACCAUGUCCAAUGGAUGCAGCUCACUCUAUCUAUGCACUCCGGCUACAGGCACACUUGAAGAAAUGCACAAAGACAAGAGACAUCGCCUUCUCGCAUUGCCUGCCGUUUAUGCAGCCCGGCGUAAAUUUGCCCCUUCAGCAGCGUCAUGACAGAGAAAAGCAGGAAGAGCGACAGCAGCAUCAACAGCAACACGCAGCGUUUGCCAAGGCAAAAGAUGCUCAGCCGCUUCUGACACAAGAGCUCGAAGCCAAGAUUACAAGGGCGUACAGACAAGCCGUGCAGUACUUGAAUACACCACAUCCAUUCGAGAAAGUGGCAACAGAUGCAGAAACAGCAGAGGCCGCAGCAACUGCGGUAGAUCCUUGGGGGGCUACGGUACACUUGCCUGCCUCAGAAUUCAUCUCGAAAUGCUGCAGCGUGACCCCCAAAGAAAGGGAGGGCCGCAGAGACAGAGAAGCCAUCCUACUGUUACGUGCAGCAGCGGAUGCAUGCAAAGUGCCACUAGAUAGUGGGGUUGCAGCAGCUGAGGAAUCGUCGAUGGCGGCUUUCGAGGCUGAAGUGCAAGAGGUAUUGUUGCUGCCGCGGCAGGAUCGCCUAAAUGCACUGCUGGAGCUGCUUAAGCACUUUCAGAAGAGGCUAAACAAGCACCAAAAGCAGCACUUCCAACUCUUGGCGUUGUGCCUGUACAACAACUACUUGGAACCCGGGAACUGCGACAAAACUCUACUUGUGGAGCUCGGGGCAGGGAAGGGAGAUCUAACGCGGUGGUUCAGCUGCUGGUCUGCCGUCUCUGUUGCACCUGAUUCGGGGACAGAAUCAGUAGUAGCUGAAGCACACGCAAAUACACACGAGUGUAAUGAUAACUCUGCACUUAACCCGAAAUACAGGGGCCUCAGAUGCAUCGCAGUUGACCGGGAAGCGCGGCGCUACUGCAAGGAGGCGAAGGAUAAGACGUUUCGCAACCCCAAUUCCACGCGUCCGGUUCAUCCUGCGGCGAUUGCAGCUGCUGAAAGACGUCUCUCAGCCGUUGACAACGAUGGAACAGCAAGACCAGCUGAGAGGGACAGAACAGCUGGUUCAUUCUUAUGUGCAGAUAACUCUUUAAAAGAAGCAACAGAAACAGUACGCUGUGGGGAGCUCACGCGGGUCGUUGCUGAUGAUGGUUCCCCUGCUGCCGCAGCUGCUGCUGCAUUUCCUAGCGCAGUUGGCUGUACCUGCUGUGAGAGUUACAGCAACGCAAAUGAGUGCAGCGUUCCUGCACCUCUGCCAGUGCCCCCCGUGAGGCUUCGAAUGGAUAUCGCGGAUUUCUCUCUCGUAGCUCUUAUUGACUAUAUUACAGGCAGAGGAAAACGUUUGGAAGAGGAUCCGGACGAAAAGAAGGAUAAAAACGCUGUCAAAGAUAAAGAUAGUACUGAAAAUAGUACGCAAGACGAUGACCGACUGAAGGUUACAAUAGCACAGGAGGCAAGAACAAAAGAGUUCAUCAGCGCUUCCACGCGGGGGCCUAAACCAUCUUUUCUGUGUUCUAUCGAGGACGGAAGUGUUCAUGACUUCUUCACUCUCUCCCAGACUCUGGGGGAAGGUGGGGGCCCCGAUUUGCAAAAAAUCGACGAAACUUUGAGGGAACACUUUAGGGACAGUGGCAUUUCAACUGUAGUAGGCGUAGCCAAGCAUUUGUGUGGAGGUGGAUCGGAUGUUGCCCUCCGGUGCGUCGUGAUAAAAAGUAUUGAAUUUAUCUCUUCAGAUGCCAUAAUCGCGAAGCUGUGA